AACCAGCUUAGUCAAUUGCAAUCUGCGGAUGAAAACAUAAGUAGUUGGGUAGCAAUGAAAGACGACCACAUUCCUCACUGUCCAACUACCUGCAGAAUUUAAACAGUAUAAAUUCUGUCCUUGAGUUAGGUUUACACGUCCUGUCAUGGCCAAAAGCAAAAUUAAUGAAUUUGGGCUCGCUCCCAUUAGACUGCCCUGUUCUUAAAUAGGGAACGCCAUUGUAUAUCCAUUGGGCGUUUUCAACGUAUGUUCAAGCCGUGUCUCAAAUCGAUUAUGCAUAUGAUUAAGCAUUUUCAAUUGCAGAACAAGCAGAGAAGAUCUAUAAUGGGGAACUUUCUCGGAGGACUUACAAAACGAGAGCGUCGAUCCGUAAAGAUUAAAAAAGUCGACGGUACUGUGAUGAAUCUGCCGAGUCCUGUGUAUGUGAAGGAAAUAGUUUGUGAUAAUCCAAAUCAUGGGGUUUUUGAAGCAGGUUCUGUUCGUCGACCGGUUGAUUACAGUCGACCUCUUCCUCACAGCUCAGAGCUUCGACCCGGUAGCCUCUACCUUCUUAUUCCUUUUGCACUAUCCCCUGUUUCUGCAGAUUCUGGUUUGGCUUCUGAAAAUGAAGGUUUAUCCAAGGAAAAAAUGGUUAACAAGUUAAAAGCAAGAAUUGUUUCGGCGUGUAAGAAUGGAUCAGGAAUGCGCCUGACUAUUCGACUGAGUAAAAAGGAGGCCGUUUCUCUUCUGGGUAAUGAUGGGCAAGAGGUGAUGAAAAAGCUCGUGGCGUCCUUCUCCCUGUCGACCAUGGAGAAGCACCAGCAGAAGAUUUCUGAGUGGAAACCUAGCCUCGAGCCUAUUGCUGAAAAUUUUGGCUCUGUUUUGCAUCGUUCAACUUCUGCAGAGAUAUAAUGUUUGUCUAAGUUUGUUAAAAGAGUGCUUGUUUUGAUUCUUUUCAUGGAAUGAAUAGAUCAUGUAUGUAAAGCUUUUUUUUGUGUGUGUAAAUGACAAAAAAAUGCAUACUACAGAAUUUGAGUUUCUUUGC